AUGGAUUCGGAAAAUCGAGAUUGCAUGAUGUGCAAUGCUCCGAACAUGAUUUGCGACAUGGUGCAGUGCGAUAAUUGUGAGCUGUGGGCCCACUACUCGUGUGCUGGCGUUACGGAGGCGGUAAUGGAGCAGGAUUGGAACUGCAUUACGUGCACAAAUGCAUUGCAGGUUCCAAAGACCAGAAAAGCUGCCAGAAACGGCGCCAAAAAGACGACUGGGCAGAAAGCGAAGAGCGAUGCUGGAUCCUCUGUCGGGUCCAUUUCGGAGGGCGCUGGUACGCUGGAAGAUUCUUUGAAAAAAUUGGAAAUGGAACAGCGCGCCAAGGAGAAGGCCUUCGAAGAAGAGAUGGUUUUGCGUGAAAAACGUUUGGAGAUGGAAAAAGUUCUCCAUGAAAAACGCCAGCAAAUGGAAAAAGCAUUCCGCGAGAAACAACUGCAGCAAGAGCGUGAGCUUAAAGAGCGCCAGCUGCAGGAGGAGCGUAAGAUGCUGGAAAAGGAGUUGGCAGAGAAAGCCGCCUUUCAAGAACGGCGUAAGAAAAUGUACGACGAGUUUCAGAAGGCAAAAGAUGCCGUCGCUGAGCCGGCUGCCGAGGAAGAGAAACACGUCGACGUUGAUGCCGAAGAGGAAAAGGAAUCUUCCUUUAAUAGGAAAGUCAAGUUCUGGUUGAAAAAGCAGACGGUUGGGAAAAAUUCUCCGCCGGCCAAAGCGAAGCAGGAUAACCAGAUUGCAUGUUCGUCGAAGCAGGUGGUAGAGGAUGGUUUACACCAGCAAGAAGAAGAGGAAGAAGAAACGAAUGAAAGUGAUGAAAAAGAAGGAAGUAGCGGUGACAGCCGAGGAGAAAGUCAAGAAGAAGAAAGCAGCGAUGAUGAACAGUUCCAGCUGUCUGAAGAAGAUAGGAAAUUACUCGCUCGCUUGCUAGCCGGCAAGAAACUGAAAAGGUCGUCGAUGCAGAAGCAGUAG